AUGGCCUUCUCUUUGAUCCUAGUCGGCGGUCUUGCUGCUGUCUACUUGUUCUACCAUGUUACAUGCCUGUUGCUGCUUUGGCGUCGUCGGUGGCAGAUGGCAAGAAAAGCCGGAUGCAAGCCUCCUCGCAAGCUUCCCCAGAUCGAUCCAUUCCUUGGUACGGAUGUAGUCCUCCAGAACCUCGGGGCUGCUAAGAAGUAUGGCUUCCUCGACCUAUUGAAGAAGCGUCACGCGGCCAACGGUCUGACCUUUACCACCAACACCUAUUUCCGCACAACGAUCAACACAUGCGACCCAGACGUGAUCCGCAGCGUCCUGGCGCUUCAGUUCCAUGACUUUGGAAUGGGCCCUCUGCGCCGGAACAGCGCCUCGCCUCUUCUCGGGAAGGGUAUCUUUACUACUGAUGGUGACAUCUGGGCGCACCAGCGUGGACUGAUCAGGCCUGCCUUUGCAAAGCUGCAAUUCAACGAGUUUCCCUUGCUUGCCAUGCACACUGACGAAUUUCUCGGGGUGAUUAAGAGGCACAAUUAUGAACUGGAUCUUCAACAGUUGUUCUUCCGUUCUGUCCUCGACUCCAAUACUCUGUACUUGUUUGGCGAGUCCAUCGGACUCAUGCAUGACAAUGCGACAGAUGCCGCCACUACCCUUCACCAUGCCUUGGAUUAUGCCCAGCAGGGCACUAUCCUUCGCCUGCGUCUAGGCAAUCUCAUGUUCGCCCACCGUGAUAAGAAGUUCCGCGACUCAUGCAAGACUGUCCACUCCUACGCUCAGAAGUUUGUGGAUCAAGCCCUUGAAUUCCGACGGAAGAAUGCCCACCUUCCUGUGGAGAAGUGGGAACAUCCCAGGAACCCUAAUGGCAUCCAAACCUACAUCUUCCUGCAGGAGCUGGCUAAGGAGACGGACGAUCCGAUCCUGCUGAGAGACCAGGUAGUCAACAUGAUCCUGGCCGCUCGAGACACCACCGCAGGCUUACUGAGCUUCACUGUCUUCAUGCUGGCCAGAUUCCCUGAGGUUUGGAAGAAGACGAGGGCGGAUGUGCUUGAGAACUACUGCGAGCCUCUGACCUACGAUGCUCUCAAUAGCAUGACCUACCUGCGAUACGUGAUCCAAGAAAUCCUCCGUCUUUUCCCUCCCAUCUCAACCAACAGCCGAAUGGCCAACAAGGACACCGUCAUUCCUGUUGGCGGUGGUCCGGAUGGCAAGUCCCCGCUGUUUGUAGCGAAGAAUCACGUCGUCACCUACAGCACCUUCGUCAUGCAUCGCCGCAAGGAGUUCUUUGGCGAGGACGCAGAUGAGUUCCGCCCAGAGCGGUGGGAGACGCUACGAACAAGUUGGGAAUACCUGCCAUUCAAUGGAGGACCCCGGAUAUGCCCCGGCCAGAAGUUUGCCCUGGCGGAGGCCACUUACACCAUCGCCAGGAUGGCCAAGGCAUACAAGGAAAUUAUCAGCCUGGAUGAUACCGACUGGAGGGAACAGCUGACGCUGUCGCUGACCCUGAACAACGGUGUGCACUGCCGUCUGGUUCCCGAUGACCAAUGA